CUCAAGCUUCCAUAUCAGCUCCACGUCAGCUUGUGCCCGUCUCUCGAUCUAUACCGUUUCUUCGCACAGUACAAAUCCGCCGCCAUGCCUCAAGCACAGCCCGAGCUGAAGAAGUACCUGGAGAAGCGCGUCCUCGUCCAGCUCAACGGUAGUCGCAAGGUCAUGGGCAUUCUGCGCGGUUACGAUGUCUACCUGAACAUUGUACUCGACGACGCAUUGGAAGAGAAGGCUGGCGGAGAGAAGGUGCGCAUUGGCAUGGUUGUCAUCCGCGGAAACGCCGUUGUCAUGCUCGAAGCUCUCGACCGCAUCAAUGUGGACAUGCCUAAGAUCGGACGGUAAAUGGCGACACCACAAGAGGAUACACUUCGCGCGGCAAUCGAGACACGACCGAUGCGAAAGCAGCAACACCUGAAAUGAAGAUGAAAGAUUGGGGUGUUGGAUUUCUGGUGGUAGACGGCAUGCACGGCGUUCAGGCGAAAUACUUUACGGGUAUGCCUCCCAGAUUGAGCCUGGAGGAGGUCAAAACACGUCGAACCUGCGUUGACAUAUAUCCCAUCUCAGGGCGGCACAAUGAUACCAUAGCAUGCGAUCCUAUUCAAUUGGCGGGACUGGGUGCCAAAAGCUCGUGUGGACAAAAGUGAGGGUAGCAGCAAGCUACUGAAAUACAACAUUGAC